AUGCCCAAAGGAGUCCGGGGAGGCUUCAAGGCCGACACGGGAAAUGUUUUGAACACAAUUUCCCCCAAUGUGAAUAGAUUUAAAGAGAAUAAGUCGCAAAACGUUGGAUUUGGUAAAGUCCCUAGAGCAAACCAGACAGUGGACAGCAGUUUCAAAGCGUCCUCAAUAACCGGAGAAAAUAAAUUGCACUCAAGUGUGUCGUCUCAGAAUUCAGAUGGUACUGAGUCCGAUGCAGUUGUGCAGCUAAACGACUCUAAAGAUACUUGCAUAUCCAGUUUCAAAACAACAGCACUUUUCAUCGGAGAUCUCAAUCAAAACGUCACGGAAAGAAUGCUGAAGGAUGUUUUUGGGGUAUUUCCGUCACUACAGUCCGUCAAAAUAUGUCUAGACGCAGAGACGAAGAAGUCGCUAGGCUACGGGUAUCUGAACUUUGCGGAAACGGAGGAUGCACAGAAGGCGAUCCGAGAUUUCAGCUACGUGAGUCUCUUUGGAAGGGAAGUAAGAAUAAUGCCCUCCAUGAGAAACACAUACUUCAGGAAAAAUAUUGGAACUAAUGUGUUUUUCGCCAACCUCCCCCUAGAAAAUCCGAAUCUAACGACACGCGCGUUCUAUGAGACUUUCAUAUGUUUUGGGAGGGUUCUUUCGUGCAAAUUGGAAAGACGUAAAAAUAUUGGUUUCGUAUAUUUUGAAAGUGACGCUGUCGCUAAAAAGGUGAUUGAUGAAUUCAAUGAUGCCGAGUUUUUCGGCAACAAGAUUUCAUGCGGUCUCCAUUUUGACAAAGACGUCAGAAAAUCCCCGGAGUUUGAAAAACGGAAGGCAAAGUUGGAUGGGUUGACCAAGGAAUGUUUGGUUACUGAUGAUCAAACUGAAAUCGAAUACGGUGAAAGCUCUGGUGGCCCGCAUCCCAAUUCGGUUCAUGUCAAGAAUUUGCCGAUAGAGGCAGACAACGAAAAGCUUCUUGAUUUCUUCAGCAAAGUAGGGCCAGUCAAAUCGAUCUUUACGGCCACGAAUAAAAUGCACAAAAGAACAUGUUGGGGAUUCGUUACUUAUAAAAAAGGAAACGACACGCAGAACGCAUUGAAGACCUUAGAUGGCAUGCUUUUCAUGGGCAAGAAAUUGUCAAUUACCAAGGGUAUUCGCGCUGAUGAGGCCACGAGGGUGGUAAGGCCCGCAAAGGAUACAUCGCAUCAGGAUUCCAUUUCGAUCUUGCUCUCCAAUGGAUACAGACAAACUUUGUAUUUGAGUAACCUGAGCUCCAUCUGUAACGAGGAAUUUUUGGAGCAGCUGUGCUCCACUGAAAAAAUUGGCUACAAGCACAUUGUUAUUGAUCACUACGAUAAGGACACUUUGACAUUUGCUGGGCAAGUUUUGUGCAGCUCGCGCCCCGAUGCCAACAGGCUUUUCACUUCACUGAAUAAUAAGCUGAUUGGUGAUUGCGAUAUCAAAGUCUCGUGGAGACCACUAUUGACGCAAAACCAUAUUUCAAUCGGUAGUAGAAAGCUGAAAAAAAGCGACGAACAAACUCAGAAUAGCUCCGAUGGCUUUGAGGAUCACAAAGGUAUUUCCGAACCGUACCUUCGCAACAAUCCACCCCCCGCAGCGUACGCUCCACGGUCCAUGAAAUUUUCACAAGAUGCUCAUAUUUGCGCGAAGAGACAGCUUCUAGAUGUGCUGAGGAAAGAAAUAAAAACGGCUAUGGAUUUUAUAUCAUAUCCUAAUGCGUCUCGCGAUGAGAACCUGAAAUGCAUAGCCGAAUAUAUUUUUGAUGUCUACUGGCGCUCCGAUGUUGAAAGUUUGACUAAAUUCAUACUUCUAAUGAACACGAGGCCUCAGCACGGGAGAAGUUUACAGAAGCAGGUUCAAGAAGCGAUCAAUUUUCUUGGCUUUCAGAGAUAG